AUGUUUGAAAAAUAUGAUAAUUAUGCACAACUGCCAAAUGAAAAUACUAAAGAAGAAAUCUGUAUAGACAAUAGAAUAACAAAGAACAGGAAUGAAUAUGAUAUACGUAGCAACUCUGCAUACGAUAAUAUUAAACCUAACGUUGCUUCUGUAGGUGUAACGACCAGUAACAGGAACGAUAUUGAUGCCAGUAAUAAUAGUUCUGAUUCACAGGAAACCAAAGACGAAUGUGCAACGCAAAGUGAUUACAGUACACGUAGUGACAGUGACAGUAGUAAUAAUUCUCUGCUUAGUAAACUUGGGUACAGUUUGAAUGUAGAUGUGGAAUGUUCAGAAACCGACAGUUCCCCAAUUACGUCUUCAGACGAUAUAAUGACGUCAUUGGAUUCAGGAGUAAGGACCGUCAUAUAUGAAUCGGCUGGCUCGAAUGAAUUUGACAGUACACAAAAUGGAGCGAAUCCAGACAUUAAUAAGAAUGAUAAUGUAAAAACGACCACAAAAUCGUCUUGUAUCUUAGCAUAA